UCAUGUUUCGGUAUAUAUAAUUAUUAAUUAAAUAGGUGUUUGAAUAAUCGCCGCAAGAAUAUUGUUGUUUAUACUAUUUAUAUAUGUACAGGUUUACAAUUUAGUCUAAAAUAAGAUUCAGUUCUAAUGCCAUUAACAGCACGACAACGAAGUAUUCAUAAUAAAAAUGGAGCCAAGAGAUCGGCUAGCUUUAGCAAAGGCAAACGAUCGCGCAAGUCAAGUGAAGGGGAGUAUCUGUACACGAGUGCUCCGACAGAUUUGCGCAGUGUAGCAUACCCAGGUGGUGCAUUAGCAUUAUUUCUAUUAAUCUCAGCGAGACUGGCUUCAGCUUAUUGGGGGCAAAUAGCUGAUUGUGAUGAAACUUACAAUUACUGGGAACCUUUACACUACUUAGUUUAUGGUAAUGGUUUGCAGACUUGGGAAUAUAGUCCUACUUAUGCCAUUCGAUCAUAUAUGCCACUGUGGCUGUUUGCGGUGCCAGCAAAAAUAUUGUCUUAUUUGACAACUCCGGUGUCAGUUUUUUAUACUCUAAGAUCUCUGCUUGCAGUUAUGACAGCAUGUGCGGAACUUAUGUUCUAUAAAGCCGUUUGCCAUGAAUUUGGAGUUAAUGUAGGCAGAGUAUGGCUAUGUUUAACACUGCCAGCUGCAGGAUGUUUCGCAUCAACGGCUGCAAUGCUGCCCUCCGCAUGGAGUUCAGCCUUGGUAUCAGCUGCGUUAGCUUGUUGGUGGCGGAAACGAUACCCUCCUGCUGUGCUACUGACAGCAGCAACAGUGUUAUUGAGCUGGCCAUUCACAGCACUUCUAGGGGUACCGAUAGCAAUUGAUAUGCUGUUCCUCAAAAAACAGUAUAUAGAUUUCUUCAAAUGGUCCCUCAUAGCCCUGAUAGUCAUUCUAUUACCAUCGGUGGUGGUGGAUUCGUGGCAAUAUGGGCGCUUAGUCGUUGCUCCAUGGAAUAUAGUUGCAUACAACAUAUUUACCGAACAUGGUCCUGACUUAUAUGGUGUGGAACCUUGGACAUAUUAUUUCGUAAAUGGAUUUCUAAACUUUAAUAUCAUUUGGGUGCUGGCGCUGUCGGCGCCGCCGCUGCUGCUGGCGUGCGCGGCGGUGUGCCGGCGGCCGGCGCGCGCCGCGUUCUGCGCGCCCUACGCGCUCAGCCUCAUGCCGCUCGCGCUGUGGCUCGCCGUGUUCCUGGCGCAGCCGCACAAGGAGGAGAGGUUCCUGUACCCGGUGUACAGUAUGGUGGUGCUGGCGGGCGCGAUCUCGCUGGACUGCCUGCAGAAGCUGACGUUCGCGGUCGGCACGGAGCUGUUCCGCUGGCGCAAGGAGAGAGAGAGACGGCACUACAUCGUGUACACGGGGCCGCUCGUCGUCAUGUGUGUGUUGCUGGCCGGGGCUGCGAAUUUGUCACGCAUAACAGCUCUGUACAACCACUAUCAAGGCCCAAUGACGAUACUCCGCCAUCUUCCCGACCAACAAGACCAUCAACUGAAUGUGUGCUUCGGUAAGGAAUGGUACCGAUCACCAUCGAGCUUCCACCUCCCAGACUCAUACAGGAUACGUUUUAUACCGAGUGAAUUUUCUGGUCAGCUUCCUGCGCCUUAUGAUGAUGGACAUAAUGCUACCCGAAUUGUCCAUCCGCACUUCAACGACCAAAACAAAGGGGACAAUCGAACCUACUUACAACCCAGCGAAUGCCACUACCUCGUCGACUCGGAUAUUGGAACACCUACGACGUUACAACCCCCCUAUCAUAAAAACGUUAACACGUGGGAAAUAGUAGCAUCAGUGCCGAUAUUAGACGCGACAAAAUCUCACAAAAUAUUCAGAGCAUUUUAUAUUCCAGUGUUGUCGAACAAAAAUGUCGUUUACGCGAAUUUGUAUCUAUUAAGGAAUAAAAUUAUAAACAUUUAGGUCGAUUUUUGAGUGAAUUAACUUAUUCUUAUGUCUCGUACUGAAUGUAUAGAUUAUUUAAUUUAUAUGGAAAAAAUAUAUUUUAGAUUAUUUAUAUUGUUUUAAGAUUUUGUUGUUUAUUUAUAGCAUUUAUUUGUCUAUGUGUCGUAUUUCGCUUUAUUUUCGUUUCGUUGCAUUUAUUAUUUUAAAUAUAUUAUAUAUAAUUUUGUGCAAAAAUGAAGAUAUGUGGAGUCACGAGGUAACAUGCGAUGGUUUUAUAUAACUAUUGAAUAAUUUAAAAUUAUUGUCACUAGCAAAUAAUAUUAGAAGUAAUAAGAACUUCACGGUUGAGUUUGGGCGCCUAUGUGAUAUGAAAUCGCUGUUAUUAAUACGACGUAUGUUAAAAUUGUGUAAUAUACAAAUAUGUAUAAAAUUUUUAUUAGUAUAAUUUUUAUAUUUUUCUCAAAUCUGUUGUCAUUGGGACGACGAUGAUGGCCAUUCACAAUGGUUUCCAGAUAUAUAUAUUUACGCAAAAGAUUUUAUAAACCAAUGUGUACGUUAACACUGUUAUAGUUUGAUGGGAGUCCAAAGUCAAUUUUUUUAUUCAAUAUAGAAGUGUUACACUCGUUUAUUGAUUUCAAAAGUCUACUGCCAGGCUGGAAAUAAAGACCUGAGAAUAACGUAGUAAACUUUUUAAACAAAAUCAUACCAAAUCUGUAAAAUAUUCGCAAUUAGAUUAAACUAAACUAUAUAUCACGAAGUCAAAAUAUUCAUAACCUGUAUCGAUCGAUGGAGGAGUGACGACCAAUUAACAACUUUGACAUUUAUUGCACGCGAAAUAAUUGAUCGUGAACAGAUCUUGAAUAAUAUUGAGUAUAUCUUGAGUUCGCAAUAAAAAAUAUUUUUGGUAAUAUGAUAUCGGAACUGGAAAUAAAAUUAAAGUAAUUAUCUGUGUACUACUAAUAGAUAAAACAUAUAUUAUAAAAUCACGUGGAAUAUGUUCUAUGGUUUAUUUAUCCCCACUCCUUCUUCGAUCGGUAUUGGCUGAGGUGAAGUUUGUAACAGACGUUGAGGAAUUACGAACAGUUAAUAUAAUAACUGUCACUUUAAUGUGCAUAAUUAUUUUAAUUAAAUUAGCUUUUAUAGGCAGUUAGUCAUAGUUAGUGUGUAAUUCUGUUUUAUGUAAACUUUAUAAUAUCAAUAAUAAUUACUCUUCGAUUUAUGUCUUGAGUAUUGCAAGCUCAUAAAAUUAUUUAUUUUCGGAUAUUUUUGUUUCCAUAAUUAGUAAUUCCUAUUUUGUCAAAAUCUAGUCACUUCUAACUAUUUAGAAGACACGAGUGACUCCAACAAUUAUGGAUUUGAAAAUCAUAUAUAGUCAUUUCUAAAAAUUACCACUUUGGUGUAUAGUCAAUUCUAAACGUGGCUAGUUCGAAGAGUGGAUAUUUCAAACGUUAAGUAAGUACGUAAAUCAUAUAGCAGAUGAACAUGUACAAAGAACUCACACUUAGAAAUGAUCACAGAUAAGCGAUCGAAACUUAAAAAGGUUAAAAUUGAUUUAUUUUUAAAAGAGAGGUGAUACUAUUUUCAAAAUAUAUAGUAUUUUUAUUUCCAAAAUGUCAUUUCUAGGUGUGAGUGUAACAUACAACCAGCCAUACAAUUUGUGCGAUGUGUACGAAUACGAGAGGCUUGUGUAUUUAAAUAAGAGAUAGUUUUUAUAUAAAUUAAAAUAAUAAUAUAAAUUAAUUAAUAGUUAUUAUUCACGAAUAAUUGUUCUGUGGUUGUGUUGUGCUAUACUAAUAGAGUAAAGAGGGCUGUAUGAUUCAGUACACGUGAAUAUAAUAUAAGAAAAAAAAAGUGAAAUAUCACAUUUAAAAAAGUUAUAUUGAAUGAUGACCUUGAAAUGUAAUUGGGUGUGAUUAAAAUUAUCCGAAUUAGUUAAUUACUUUCAAAAUCAAAAGUAUUCUGAUUUACGAACGCUACAUAUAGUCAUUGUUUAUGCCAUGGAUAUAGUUCUUUUGAGACGUAUUUUUUAACUGUCACCUGUUUUGUUAGUUAAAUGUUGUAACUUUAAACUAAGCUUUUUAAACAUUAAGUAGUUUUUUUUACUUCAUAUAAUUAUCACGAUUGAGUUCUUAGUCUUGUUUAGUCACUAUUAACACUAUAUACCGAUUAUAUAUCCAGAGUCCCUCGGCAUAGAGCCUACUCUAACAUCAGAAACAAUGAGUCUUGGACAUAGACAAUAUUACAAGAUUUUACUAAUUAAUAUGGUACAUAUAUUUCUAACAGCCUUUAAAUAUUCUGAGAGAGUAAACUACUAUUACUCAUGGUGUGCAUUAAAAAUAUAAGUUUUUUUUUUGUUUUCUUUAUUCUAACAUCAUCAGACCCGGUCAUUCGUUGCCGUGUUAUAUUGUUAUUGCUAAAAACCUCUGAAACACACUGAAUACAAUGGUACAAAUUUCAUGUCAAAAUAUUCAGCUGUUUUUGCUUGAAGCGCGUUCGAAAAAAACAGCGAUCCUUUAAUAGAUAUAGAUAGAACACUAUCUAUAGAUAUAGAUUGUCAUCUCACGCAAACUAUCUCGAGGUAAAAGUAUUCUAUGUGAUCUAGCUUAACUCGAUAGCAAAUCCCUUGAUUUAAUCAAAGGCAGUCCGAAACUUGUGAACAUUUUUUAUUUUACUUCUUUAUCAAUAGUGUUUCUUUUGAAAUAAUAUUUUAUUUAAUAAAGUAUAAUUGCAUUGUGUAGUUUGUUCCUCUCUCUGUCUCUCUCUAUUGUCGUGUAAUUUUUAUGUCCUUGAUUUUUUUUUAAUCAUGUAUAAUAUUAAAAUAAAUAAGCAAUAUUAUUUGUUGUGUAUUAUAUCAACGAAUUUCUACGAUUAUAAAGCGAUAAUAGGAUUAAAAAAAGUAGGCAAUUAACCGAUUAAUUCUAUAUUAUAGAUUAUAGGUUUUUUUUUCUAUUGCGAAC